GCAACCACCGGCAUAGUUAACUUUGAAAGUAAGUUCAAGCAAAUCAAAGCGUUGAAUAAGCGCUCCCAGUAGUAUAUUAUACAAAAGCUAAAGAAGCUAACGUUGUUAAGUUAUCGCAUAUUAGAUACCAUUUGUGAAAACAAAGGAACAUCACAUCAAAUUUAGAAUGGCGAGUCUACCAUUGCUCUUGAGUGUGGCUGACAAUUUUAACCAUCUGACACCGGUAUUCCACAGCCGCUUGCCUGCGAUCAACACUUUGCCCAGUGGCCAAUUUGGGAUAUUUGAAAGAGAUCUGCCUAUGGCCUCGGUGGGAAAAGAUGGAUUUCAAGCCAGUAUGGGUGUGCAGCUAUUUAAGCCAAAUGAGCUGAGCGUUAAAGUGGUUGACAACCACAUCGUUGUAGAGGGUAAACAUGAGGAGCGAGCAGAUGACCAUGGGUAUAUAUCUCGUCAUUUUAUGCGUCGCUAUACACUGCCUAAAGGCUUUGAUGCAGAUCAAGUAGUUUCAUCACUGUCAUCGGAUGGCUUGUUAACAGUCAGUGUACCAAAACCUGCCAUAGAAAAGUCCAACGAACGAGUCAUCCAAAUUCAACAAACUGGACCAGCACACUUGAACGUGAAGGAGAAUCCAAAGGAGAACCCAAAAAAAUAAAAACCAAAUGUAUAGAAUAGUUACAUAUAGCAGCGUCUCGUCGAAUUAAUUCGUCAACUCAUACAAUUUUUAUUAAAUAUGUAUGUAGCUGUAGAA